AUGGCAGUCCCACAAGAGUGCACCGUGUUGGUUAUUGGAGGUGGCCCGGCGGGCUCCUACGCGGCCUGUUGCUUGGCGCGCGAGGGAAUUGACAUAGUUGUGCUCGAGGCAGACAAGUUCCCUAGAUACCACAUUGGCGAGAGCACGUUGCCGUCACUGCGACACUUUUUCAAGUUCAUCGACUUUGAUGAUCAGUUCAAUGCGCACGGAUUCUUCAAAAAGAACGGAGCCGUGUUCCGGCUAGCCCAGGGUCAGCCCGAUGCCUACACAGACUUUCUCGCGGCAGGGGGCCCUGAUGGGUAUGCCUGGAAUCUGCUUCGAUCAGAGUCGGAUGAGUUGCUAUUCAGACAUGCCGGCGCCUGUGGCGCUCAUAUCUUUGAUGAGACCAAGGUCGACACUAUUCAGUUUGAACAGACAGCAAGCGACGUCAAGGCUAAUCAACCUGGCCGACCCGUGUCUGCGACAUGGACUCGAAAAGAUGGAACCUCUGGAUCAGUCUCCUUUAAGUAUCUCGUCGAUGCUAGUGGAAGACGCGGCAUUCUGAGCACCAAGUACCUGCAGAACAGAACAUUCAACCCCAACUUCAAGAACAUCGCCAACUGGGGUUACUGGAAGAGUGAUAAGUUGUAUGGUGUGGGAACCCACAUGGAGGGUUCCCCGUACUUUGAGGGUCUUGAGGAUGCCAGUGGUUGGGCGUGGUUCAUGCCCCUGCACGAUGGCACCCGAUCUGUCGGUAUAGUCCAGGAUCAAAAGCUGGCCACUGAGAAGAGGCAGGCAUCUGGCAGACCCUCAGCCUUGGACUUUUACAAGAAGGUACUUGAAUUGGCUCCCAAGACCAAGGAACUGCUCGAGGGCGCGGAGCUGGUCUCUGAAAUCAGGUCGGCAUCCGACUAUUCUUACACUGCGUCCACGUACCAUCUGCCCAAUGCCCGUAUUUGCGGGGACGCGGGAUGCUUCAUUGAUCCCUUGUUCUCCUCUGGUGUUCAUUUGGCUAUCACUGGUGGCCUCUCUGCGGCAGUCACUAUUAUGUCUUCGCUUAGAGGCGACUACGACGAGGAGAAGUCUGGUUCUUGGCACUCCAAGAAGAUCAUUGAAAGCUACACUCGCUUCUUCCUGGCCGUGAGUAGCGCUACAAAGCAGAUUCGCACCCAAAAUGAGCCAGUGCUUCAAGGCAUUGACGAGGAAGGCUUCCAGAGAGCCUUUGACCUGCUUCGGCCCAUCAUACAAGGAACUGUCGAUGCUGAUUCCAGAAAGACGUUGUCCCAAACUGAGAUCUCCAAGGUCCUCGAGUUCUGCUUCCGAGCCUUUGUCUACGUCCCUCCCGAGAAGAAGGACGCCCUCUUCGAAAAACUCAAGAAGCUCGGCGUCGGUGCACAAGGCGAAACCACAACGGCAAAGGAGCUUGAAGAUAUCAAGAAGAACUUGACCCCCGAGGAGUCGCAGAUCGUCGAGAUCUUGCAGAGCAGACGCAUGAUCCGCGAAGAUCCCUUUGACAUUGAUAGCUUUACGCUUGAUGCCAUUGAUGGGAUGGCGCCGAACUUGGAGCAUGGAAAGCUUGGUCUCAUUAAGGCCAAGACGGCUAAGCUGGAUACGUCUCACUUUUACUCACCGCCUUUCCUAGAUGGGCUGGUUCCAGAAAUCCGAGGGGAGAGCACUCGUCACGCGUUUGCCGUCUAA